AGGAUGCCAAAAAUCUGCUGCUGGGAAGCAAGCUCUCGUCUGUCCAUUCUCAUGUUAUCUAAUAUCUAUGUUAUCGUUUCGCUUGCUUCUAUUGCCCUCAGACUUGGCGACUCAUGUAAAUAAUAAUAUUGCUAUAACAUUGCUUUCGCCCGCGAACGGCGCGAACCUAGAUGUAGUGCACAUAUCUAACUAUUUUGUUUAUGUCCACAACUUGAGUUCUAUACCGAAAUACUACGGUGGCCCCGAACGAAGAAAUACCAGUCGCGACCCUCAAGUACAUAGUUCGCCGAUCAACCACCGACGAUAAUAUAAAAUAAAUAAUUGAAAAACAAUCAAUAACGAGUACAUAAUUCAAUAUGGAACCACGAAGAACAACUUAUUACUACUGACGAUUGAGCUUUGAAUUCCAAAACUAAAACUGAAUAAAAGGGAAACAAUUGUUACAGAAAUAAAAAUUGAAGUGGAUUUUAUUGACUGUUAUGAAUUUAAAUCAACACUUAAACAAAAGCAGCUCUUCAGACGAGACAUCUAACUGCUUGAAGAAAAAUCAGAAAAUUCAUUGACUGAUAUGUGUGAUAAAAUGUCUACAGCAUUCUAAUUUCACUGUGCAUCAAGGUUUUUCUCAACCAUGUACUUUAAAAAAUCAUAAAAAAACACAUAUUGUUGAAAUGCCGUAUACAUGUGAUAUCUGUGGUAAAUCCUUUUCUAAAGAACAACAUUUAACAAAUCAUAGAAGGAUUCAUACAGGAAAAAAGCCAUUUAAAUGUGAUUUAUGUGAUCAAGCUUUUUCUCAAGCAUGUACUUUGAAAAUCCAUAUAAUGAAACAUACAGGAGAAAAGCCUUAUAAAUGUGAUAUCUGUGAUAAAGGGUGUUCUACAUCAUCAGAUUUAACAAAGCAUAAAAGAACACAUACCGGAGAAAAACCGUAUAAAUGUGAUAUAUGUGAUCAAGCUUUUUCUCAAGCAUAUACUUUGAAAAUCCAUAUAAUGAAACAUACAGGAGACAAACCUUAUAAAUGUGAUAUCUGUGAUAAGAGGUUUUGUACAUCAUUAGAUCUAACAAUGCAUACCAGGACACAUACAGGUGAAAAGCCAUAUAAAUGUGAUAUCUGUGAUCAAGUCUUUGCUCGAGCACAUCAUUUAACAGGGCAUAUAAGGACACAUACCGGUGUAAAGCCUUAUAAAUGUAAUAUCUGUGAUCAAGCCUUUUCUCUUUCACAUCAGUUAACAAGGCACACAAGGACACAUACCGGAGAAAAGCCUUAUAAAUGUGAUGUCUGUCAUCAAGCUUUUUCACAAGCACAUACUUUGAAAAUCCAUACAAUGUCACAUACCGGCGAAAAGCCUUAUAAAUGUGAUAUCUGUGAUAAGAGGUUUUGUACACCAUUAGAUUUAACAAGGCAUACAAGGACACAUACUGGUGUAAAACCGUAUAAAUGUGAUAUCUGUGAUCAAGCCUUUUCUCAAGCACAUCAUUUAACAAGACAUACAAGGACACAUACUGGAGAAAAACCUUAUAAAUGUGAUUUCUGUGAUCAAUCUUUUUCUCAAGCACAUACUUUUAAAACCCAUAAAAGAACACAUACUAGUGUAAAGCCGUAUAAUUAUGUUAUCUGUGAUUUAGCGUUUUCUGAAACAACAAAUUAAAAAAAAUCAUACAUGGAUGCAUAAAAAGUUUUUCAAAAUGCAACAUAUUCACUAUACAUAAAAAUGAUAUGCUAACUAUACAAAUUAUUAUAUAAUUUAAAUAGCAAUAAUCUUUAUUACCAAUAUAUAACAUAAGUACACUACAAAAUUUAAAAAUAUUGAUUCCUUAUUGGUACUGCUAUCCAUUCCCCAUCGCACUGUUUUCCCCGUAAUAUGUUAUCUGGAUCCAUUGAAUCUGAAUUUUUAAACAUUGAUGUUGUGAAUGUAGGAUUUCAUUAAUGCCUCCAGAUAUUUUUAUAUUCAAGAAUAAGGUAUAUUCUGUUAGUC